GGACAGCCGACGACAACAUGAGCGACGAAGCCGAGUACUCAGUGGACACCCCGAGCGAAGAACUAUGGAACGCCAUCGACGAGCUGCGUCAGAAGCGCGAUAAGCUGAUGACGAUCAGUCGAGCGGAAGAAAUGGGCUUCAACCAACGCCAAGACAUGUACAAACGUCAAGUGACAAACCCUGCCAUGAAAGCAAACGCUGAAACCCAGUUGCGCAUGAUGCAACAACAACGUACCUUCGCCGAGCAGAACCUGCGACGCAACACGCAGAAGAUUGACGUCCAAAUCGACACGAUCAAUCGGCUGCUCGAAGAAAAGAAAGUCCGAGAUCAACGCGAACUGGAAGUGGGCUUGACCGAAGUCAAGAGCGAUGUCACAAAUCUCAAGGUCGUGACAAGUGCGCUGACCGGUCAAAUCAACGCGCUCAAGGCAGAGGCUCAAGAGCGCAAGAAAGAGUUUGAUGCGAGCAUUGCAGACGUCCGGAAGCAGGCCGCGUCGUCGGCAGAGUGGACCGAAGACGUGUACGCCAAGAUCUACACGCUUCAAGCGCAAUCCCAGGUGCUCAUGGCCGAGUACGACGCCAAGCAAAAGGCACUGCGGGAGAAGCAGUACAUUGACGAGAACCCGUCGUACUCGCUCGUGUACUCGACUGUGUUUUCCAAGAUGAACGAGAUCUUCAUUGCGUCCAAGGCUAUCGCAAGCGGCAUGGUGACACGGGAAGCGUACUCGGACGGCGAAAAGAUGGCGAGCUAUAUGACGCUGAUCGGCGAACAAAUUCCGUUUCCACCGGCGCAGAUGGUCAUGCAGUGCCUGACCAACAAGGUGGAAGGCAUCGCCGCCAAGCGCGAAGAGGACCGCGUCAAUAACAUCUCGUCGAAUGCAAACAGCUUUUCUGAAAUGGACGAGAUCUGCGACUGGAUUGCACGUGGGUUGGUGUUUGCCUUUGAAGAACAAAUUCAGGCCAUGACGGCCAAGGGGGUCGCCGCGUUCAGCGAAUGCUUGGUGCGCGGCGUGAUGGAGUUCCUGAGCACGCCCGCCGCCGAGCGUGACAUCGGGUUGCCGCAUCCUUCGUCCGCCGACAGUCCCCUCGACCCAGGCGCGCUGCUCGUCUCCCAAGUGCUCGUAUUUCUCUGUCGCAGCGACUACCACAAGAUCGAAAACGCAGUUGAAAGAGUGUCGUCGGGGUGCUUUUCCUUUUUCGAAUUCAGCUUCCUUGCGGCGUUCAGCCAGCGAAGCGGCACGGCCACGACCCUGGAGCGCUCCAAGACCCCCGUGACCAUCGACACCCGCCUCCCGGGCGUCGAGUGGACGGACGUUGGCAUCUUCCACCUGUCCGGCCUUCGCACAGCCACGGGGAUGACGUGGUACGGCGACGAUGCGCGGCCAGACCUGUACGGGUACCGCCUCGGGGGACUGCGCGAUGCCGCCCAACUGCAGUACGUCGAGUACCCGACGCGCGCUCCUAGCAAAGUGCUGCCGCUGACUGACGACCAGUUGGACCGUAACCCCGAAGCGCAUCGAAAGUUCUGGGAAGGCCGUUAAGCUUAUGCGAAAAGUGGUGUAAAGUGUGAUGACGUUAUAUAAACAAUCCCGUGCUGGAUGCUUAUGCUAUGCUUGAUGAAAUGGACAAGCGCGUAAUUUCGUGGCAUGAUUAGUGGAUAUGGAGUAGGCUGGCUCUGUAUUGUGACGAG